AUGACUUUCCAACCACACCAUGAGAGGACCGACGGGGUUGGAUGUUUAUCCAACACACGUUAUUUCUCCUGUCCCAGCUCUGACUCAAUCAAUCACCAAGACUUCGCCGGUCGAAUUGAUCCCCUUCUUCAACAUACAACACCCUAUUUCAGCCACGAAGAUACCUACUAUGGCACCAACAGCAUGCAGAGAUAUUUACAGGAGCCUCAGAGCAACUACUUUACCGCAUCGUCAAACAUUGCUAUCCCAAACACUCAUUAUACUGGAAUCUACCCUGAUAUGAGUUAUCCUCUUCAUCACAGUUCACAGGUCCGCCAGGGUUCUCCAAUGUCCUAUCAGCCAUCAUCAGCGGCCAGCGGACCUCAAAGUCCCCAUUGGAUAGAUAAUGAUGCACAUGCCAGCACUCGAGGCCCGUCUACGCCGUCCGAUGCUGCAGUCUUGUCCCCGAACAUUGUUGGUUCAGGCUCACUGUCACCUAGUGUCUCCCUGUACGGAUUAUCAAGUGCACCACAAGGAUGUGUGGACCCGGCUGUCAUUGAACCUAGUCAAACUUUCUCUGGAAUCAAAGGGGACCAAGAGAUUAAUGCUUUCACUCUCGACAUGAAUGCUGAUUUUGACCGUGCCACUCCCAAUUCCAUCUACCAAGGCGACGGCUCGAGCCCUCCAUCAACUUUCGACCCUUCACCUUUAGAAUUAUAUCCUCAAGCCGAUGCGAAGGCGGCCUACCCCGAUCCUGACAGCAUGGAUGUGGACGCAAAAUUCGAAGAUGAAGCUGAGACUAUCGGCGGCGACGAUGGCGACGACGAAUACAGACCCAAUUGCAGAGCCAAGUCAUCUCGAAAUGCCAAAGGUGGCAGCCGAGGUGGCCGCGCCAGACGACUAAGUUCUAGUGCCAACACGAGCAGAGGAAAGGUUACCAAAUCACGGCCUGUUACCCACGGUACUACAGCGCGAAAACUACUCUCAUCAUGUGGAAGCAUGCUGUGCAUACAUUGUCAGAAAAUGUUCAACGACGACGUAUCAUUAGAGAAGCAUAUCAAUGCCAUGCAUACUCGUCCUUUCAUCUGCGUCUUCCAUUUUGCGGGCUGUAACCAGGCCUUUGCAAACAAAAACGAAUGGAAAAGGCAUGUUUCGGCGCAGCAUGUGAACCUACACUACUGGCUUUGUACAACUGGUGCCUGCGGAUAUUCUUCAAACCCAUUGAAAGGUGUUUUGGGUACCGCUACACAUUGCAGAGUCUUUAAAAGAAAAGACCUCUACACACAACACAUACGCCGGAUGCACGCACCUGAAGAGGUUGUCAAGGCUGACAAGAAAAACAAGACCUUUCCUCCUGACUGGUUAGUCCAGGAGAAGAAGUUACAGGAGGAAGCGUUCCGACAGCGGUGCAGAUUGCCAGACUACAUGCGUUGCCCAGCUAAAGACUGCACAGCAGUCUUCAAUAACGGCCAUAAGACUUGGGAUGACCGAAUGGAGCAUGUCGCUGUUCACCUUGAGUGUGCUGCCAAAAACGAGGAGCCACAAGUCGCUUUCGGGGGUACAAACGACGAGGCUCUCACGGAAUGGGCUUCCCACCCCAACGUUCGUGUCAUUGUGUCCACUAGCGAAGGAUGGGAGACAUGUCAACCGCUUAAGGCGGCUAAGACCGAGCUAUCAAGGCUAACCAGCGUUCAUGAUGGAGGCAUGGAUGAGGACGCAGAAGGUGAGGAAUGCUAG